GGAUCUUGGUGGGAUGCUCUCCAGAGACUCGGUGUCGGCUUGAUGGGCCAAAGAGCCUCACUGUGCAUAGUAGGGAUUGUCUGACUGUAACCAUUCCCGGGUGGAGGGCCCGAAGCCUUGGUUAUGUGAGCAGUUUGUUGGCAGCAGCAGUUGUAGCAGGAGUGGGUGCCAGCAAGCAGGGGUGUGGUCGGUGUAUAAAUCCAGCUUGCCCAGUCAGCUGCCAGGCACUGGAGGAGGGUGAAGAGGAGCUGCACAUAGGCAUGGCAUCCAGGCUGUUGCUGGCGUCGGUGCUGGUGAGCAGCACAGCCUCCCAGUUCCCCAGGGUGUGCACCCAGCCCAGUGCCUUGACCAGCCGGACCUGCUGCCCAGUCUGGGAGCAGGACGGCUCGGCGUGCGGGGAGAAGAGUGGCCGGGGCUGGUGUCAGACGCAGGCGGACCUCCACGCGCCUGAACCCUCCCGGAGGGACUUCCGAGUGGCCUGGCCUUCCGGCUUCUACAGGCGGGUCUGCAUGUGCAACAGCCCCUUCUCCGGCUUCGAUUGCAGCGAGUGCAGGGACGGGUACCGGGGUGCGCGGUGUCAGAGGCGGGUGCUGACGGUGCGCCGGGCCCUACACGAGAUGAGCCGUGCAGAGAGGCAGCGUUUCGUAAACCAACUGGUACUGGCCAAGAUGACGGUCAGCCAGCGGUACGUCAUCCUGGUGAGCGGGAACACCUCGGACCCAAGCGGCUACACGUUCCAGGACGCCAGCGUGUAUGACGUCUGCACCUGGGUGCACUAUGUGGCAGCCAAGCCCAUCCAGACGCGCAACGAACCCAACUUUGCCCACAUGGGCCCGGCCUUUACUGUCUGGCACCGCAACUACCUGCUGUUCUUCGAGAAGGAGAUGCGCCACCUCACCGGGGACGAGGGAUUCUACGUCCCCUACUGGAACUGGACCCUGGCACCCACCUGCGACAUCUGCACCGACGGGCUGAUGGGGCGGAAUGGGCCCUCAGGCACAUUGCUGCCACCCUCGCCCUUCGCCAACUGGGAGGUAAGGUCAUGGGGGGGGGAGCGGGGGUCACUCGGGCCGGAAGCGAUACCCUCAAAACCCAGUGCGGAGGGAAAACAAGCAAACGCCGCCUCAGCACUCCUCCUGGCAAACCCAGCACAGAGGACUCUGUGUACGUACGAUGGGGGUGAUGAGGAUAACUUCCACCUGAUUUGCCCCGGGCCCGUCGAGGGGAAGUCCUUCCUGAACCGGAACCCAGGAAACGACAGGAGAGCACGUCGGCUGCCACCAGCCGCUGACAUUUGGAACAGCCUAAAGAUCGAACAGUUCGAUGCCUUUCCAUUCAACCAGUACGCCCCAUUCAGUUUCCGCAACACAAUCGAAGGCUUUAAAGAGGCCAGUCACCCAGGCCGCGAAACGAUCGGACUCCAUAACCAGGUCCACGUCUACCUCAAUGGGACCAUCUCGCAGGUCCCAGCUGCAUCGAAUGAUCCCAUCUUCAUGCUACAUCAUGCCUUCAUCGACAAGAUUGUGGAAGAUUAUCUGCGAGCUGACAGGAGGCGCCUGACAAUGUAUCCAACACACCAGAGAGUUCCCCAGGGCCAUCGUGCCAAUGACUACAUGGUUCCAUACCUGCCGCUGGUACGCAACAUUGAAUACUUUACCUACACCAUCAACCUUGGCUACACAUAUACAAAUGCUGCAUAUACUCAAGAGGACAAAUUCUCCAAGUCCUCUCUUUUCAAAUAA